AUUUUCGGUAUACGAGAUAAAUAGUGCAACGCACGGUUCACCUUUUACAGUUGCUACCUACCUGACAGGCGAUAAGCAAGCAGCAGUCCGUCAAACGAUACAGGAAUCUCAACAGUGCGGUUACACUCAAGAUGGCAACAAAUAUGAAUGAUUAUGAAGUAGAGGAUGUAGCGUCGUUGCAGAGGGCUUCUCUGAAAGAGAAAUGUAUCCUCGUGGACAAGCAGGACAGACCUGUUGGUGAAGCGAUCAAAAAAUUCUGCCACGAGAUUGACAAGGAGAGAUGCGUGCCGCUCCACAGAGCGUUCAGUGUUUUUUUAUUUAACAGCAAGGGCGAUUUGUUACUCCAGAAACGAUCGAGCGUUAAGAUAACUUUCCCAGAUUGCUUUACGAAUACGGUCUGCAGUCAUCCAUUAGCAGAGAUUCCUGAAGAAAUGGAAGAAAAAGAUGCUUUAGGUGUAAAACGAGCCGCAAUAAGGAGGCUCAAUUAUGAACUGGGGAUACCUACCAACGAGGUCAAACCUUCCGAUUUAUUUUAUCUGACAAGAAUUCGUUACCAGAUUGUUAGUUGCGAUCGCUGGGGUGAACAUGAGAUCGAUUAUAUACUAUUUCUGCAACGAGAUAAUAUUACCAUAAAUCCUAAUCCCGACGAAAUAAGCGAGAUUCGAUGGAUACCACGAUCAGAAAUUGAGAAAUUUAUGAAGAGCGCGCCACGACUAUCACCAUGGUUUAAUAUGAUUUAUAAAUUCAAAUUGCUGCAUUGGUGGGAUAAUCUACAUGCUUUAAAUAAAGUGCAAGAUCAUAAAAGUAUACAUAUAUUGACGAAUUAAUGUGUUAUAUGUAAACCUUGUCACUAAAGAGAAAUUUGUCUAAAUGCAUGUUAUACAAGUUUUAUAAAAUGAUAAUAAUUUAUAUUACUGGAAACGGAAAAUUAUUAGUUUAAAUUUAUAAGCUUUGUUCAUGUUUGUAUCUAUCUAUAUUUUUGUUUAAAAUGAUAUAAUUUUGAACUCUUGACAUGUAUUCCAUUUUUUAACUCAAAUAUUUAAGUGCAAUUAGAAAAUUUUCUUUUUGAAAUUUGCUGUUCGAAAAUGUACCACCAUAAGAACAUUUCUCAGCAUGACAUUAUAAGUGUUUCUCAAAUAAAUCAUUUUUUAGCGUUUAUAUUUGGCAAUAACAGAAGAGAAAUUUAUAAAAAUUAACAAUAUUGUUAUUAAAUACUAUUCAAAAUUAUUAUUUGUUAUAGUGAUAUUUUGAUUUGUAUUCAAAAAUUUGUACAUUUGCACGUAUAAAAUAUCUUCGAACGAAAAGAAAAAAUUUUUUAUACAAUUUUUAGUGAGACUAACAAGCACACAAUUGUUAACAUCACACAAUGAAAUUAAAAAUAAAUUUAAAUUUUGAAAAUCUUAUUUUAUUUGGAAUUAUAUUGUUCUAUGUAAAGUUUUACCAUCUUACUCAAUAUUGUGUAACUCAAAUUAUUGGGGAAAAGUAACUUAUAGUUAUCAAAGGUGGAUAUAUUCAAUUUUGAUAAGAGGCUUAGUCAUUUUUUUGUUAGAUCUUUAUAAGAAACCAAUAGGCCUAUUCUAUAACUCUUAACGACAGUGUCGAUAUUGUUAUACAUUGUCGUUGCGCAUAUUAUAUAUGACAAAAAAGCUGCGUAACUACAAUAUAACGAUACCGUACUGUCAUUAAGAGUUACAGUAUAGGCCUACAGGUCAGUAAUUUAAGUAUUUCUUGUUAUAAAUGGUUUAUGUUAUGUUGAUGUUAUUUUAUUAAAUAUGUGUAACCAAAUAAAUUUAUUAUGGCAAUUUA